GUCAAAGGGCGGCCUCCUGGGUGGCCCUCGCCCCCCCGCCCGGCUUCCGCGCCCGGGGCCUCCCUGGUCGCGCUGCUUCGUCUGAGAGCUCCGGGUCUGCUCCCCCGGGGGCCGCGGCUCGUCCCAGACUUACUGAAUCAGGAACUCGGGGCGAUUCUGCUGCAGGGUGGAGUUGGAGACACACUGUCGUAUUUAAUCAGCACCCCCAAAGCAUCCUCUGCUCUCUUUCCAGAAAGAAAAAGCAUCUCUGCCAUUCGGGGUCACGGGGACAAGCGCCUCGACCUCGUUCUCUCGGCGCUGAUCUGUGGAUCUCGGCGUGUCGGUUUCUAUUUCUUUACUGCACUUAUCAGGACCCCUUCAGUUCAAGGGGUCAUGGAAAAAGAAAGGACAGCUGCUGAGUUACCGAGAAAUCUGAUACAGGACUCCGUGGUCUUUGAGGAUGUGGCUGUGGACUUUACCCAGGAGGAGUGGGUUUUGCUGGAUCCUUCUCAGAGGAACCUCUACAGAGAUGUGAUGCUGGAAAACUUCCAGAACCUGGCCUCACUAGGGUAUCCGCUACACACACCCCAUCUGAUCUCCCAGUGGGAACAAGAGGAGGACCUGCAGACCGUGAAGAGAGGAUUUAUCCAGGGCAUCUGUACAGGGGAGCACCAUGAAGAUUUUGAGACUCAACUUAAAACUAAUGAAUCAGUUGUCCCACAAGAUAUUUGUGGAGAAAAAAUACCCAAUGAACAGAAGAUAGUAAGAUUCAAAAGAAAUGAUUCCUGGUCCUCCAUUUUACCUGAAAACUGGGAAUACUGUGGUAUUGAUUAUCAGAACAAAAGCCAUGAGAGACAUUUGAAAAGAAAUCAUGUGGUGGAGAACAUCAAUGAAUGUAAUGAAGAAAAUCAGCAUGGACAAACCUUUAGCCAAAUUCCAAAUCUUGAUACACUCCAGAGAACUACUGAAACAAAAUCCUAUGAAUGCCAUGAGUGUGGAAAGGCCUUCGUGGAUCACACAUCCCUUAAGAAUCACAUCAGGUCUCAUACUGGCAGCAAACGCUACCAGUGUAAGGAAUGUGGGAAAGCCUUCCAUUUUCUUGCUUGUUUUAAGAAGCAUAUGAAAACUCCCACUGAAGAGAAGCCUUAUGAGUGUAAGGAAUGUACCACAGCCUUCAGUUGUUCCUCAUUCUUUAGGGCACAUAUGAAGAUUCACUCUGGAAGAACAAACUACGAGUGUAAGGAGUGUGGGAAAGCUUUCAGUUGUUCUUCAUCCCUCACAGAACACAAAAGAAUUCAUAGUGGAGAUAAGCCUUAUGAAUGUAAGGAAUGCAGGAAGGCCUUUAGUUGCUCCUCCUCACUCUCCAAACACAAAAGAAUUCACAGUGGAGAUAAGCCAUAUGAAUGUAAGGAAUGUGGGAAAGCCUUCAGUUCUUCCUCUCACCUUAUCAUACAUAUAAGAAUUCACACUGGAGAGAAGCCUUAUGAAUGUAAAGAGUGUGGAAAGGCCUUCAGCGAGUCCUCAAAACUCACUGUACAUGUGAGGACACACACUGGAGAGAAACCCUAUAAAUGUAAGGAAUGUGGGAAAGCCUACAAUUGUCCCUCCUCCUUAAGUGUCCAUAUGAGAAAACACACUGGAGAGAAACCCUACGAAUGUCUGGAAUGUGGAAAAUCCUUCUAUCUUCCCACUUCCCUUAAUACACAUGUGAAAAAUCAAAGUAGAGAGAAACCCUACGAAUGUAAGGAAUGUGGGAAGGCUUUCAGCUGUCCUUCAUCCUUUAGAGCCCACAUGAGAGAUCACACUGGAAAGAUACAAUAUGAAUGUAAAGAGUGUGGGAAGGCCUUUAGUCGUUCCUCAUCCCUCACUGAACACUUAAGAACUCACAGUGGAGAGAAGCCUUAUGAAUGUAAGGAAUGUGGGAAAGCCUUUAUUAGUUCCUCUCACCUUACAGUACAUAUAAGAACUCACACUGGAGAGAAACCUUAUGAAUGUAAGAAAUGUGGGAAAGGUUUUAUUUAUCCCUCAGCUCUUAGGAUCCACAUGAGAACACACACUGGGGAAAAACCCUAUGAAUGUAAGGAAUGUGGGAAAGCAUUUCGUCAUUCUUCAUACCUUACUGUACAUGCAAGAAUGCACACUGGAGAGAAACCCUUUGAAUGUCUGGAAUGUGGAAAAGCCUUCAGUUGUCCCUCAUCCUUCCGAAGACAUGUGAGAAGCCACACUGGAGAGAAACCCUAUGAAUGUAAGGAAUGUGGGAAAGCCUUUGUUUGUCCUGCCUACUUUCGAAGACAUGUGAAAACUCACACUAGAGAAAACAUCUAAACGUAAGGCAUAGGGGAAUAUCUGCAAAGCUUCUUCAAAUCAUAGGCAACUUGUGAUAUCUCAUACUGUGGAGACACCCUACAAAUGUAAGAAAGUAGGAAAUUAUCGCUCAUCUUUUUGGAGAUUUGAGGACACCUUAGAGAAACCCUGUGUGUAUAAACCAUGUACUAAAGCCUUCCUGAACAUACUUAUUGUAUAUAAGAAAAGUCAUACUAGAAAUGAAGAUCACUGUCUCAUCUUUGAAGUGGACUGCUGGCUCACUUAAAGAGAUAAAUUUACCUUUUCAGCUCUAGCCAUAGUAUGAGGUGCUUUUAUUUUGGUAUAGGGUAAAUAUUAUUUGCAUUACAAAGUCUUUUUUAUUAUUUAUUUAUUUUAAGACAGAGUCUCACUCUGUUGCUUGGGCUAGAGUGUUGUGGCUUC